AUUGGAUUGCAGCUAUACGUUCUGGACAUUGUAACCUUAACCGUAGUUGAAUUAUUUAGCGACACACUGUGUCCGCUGUCGCGACAUACGUGUUACCACAUCCAGUACAUAGUGGAUCUAAUCCAAUACGUCAUCGCGCUACAGGCUGCAAGUGAGGAAGUCUUGGAAAAAAGUGGGGGGACCAGUACGUGGCAGUUGACUUACUGCUGUUCCGAAACGUAGAUGAAGGAUUUUUGAAUACAAGAUUUCAAGAGGUUUUCUGCAUCUUUAUUAAAAUUUCCUUUGCUGUAUGCUUUGGAUCAUUGUCCUGCUGGAAUGUCCACCCACAUCUCAUCUUCAUCAUCCUGGUGGAGGAUGGUAGCAGAUUCUUCUCAAGAAUCUCCUGGUUUUCUAUGGGUUUCAAGUCAAGGGACCGUGAGAGGACCGUGAUUUUUUUGAAGUGUGCAUCAGAGAGACAUGCAAUUUUUGGUGAUGACGGUUUGGUCUGUGUGCUGGCUCUGUUGCAAAGUACAGGCAGAGAUCUUCACAUCAAUUGGCCAAAUGACAGACUUGAUCUUUGCAGAGAGGGAUUUGGUUCACUCCCUGAAGGAAUACAUCAAAGCAGAGGAGUCCAAGCUUGAUGCUGUGAAAAGCUGGGCAAACAGGCUGGAUGUGCUAACUCUUGCAUCAACUACUGAUCCUGAAGGGUUUUUGGCUCAUCCAGUGAAUGCUUACAAGCUGAUGAAGAGACUUAACACAGAAUGGUCUGAGCUAGAAAGUCUGGUGCUACAGGACUCUUCAGAUGAUUUCAUCGCAAACAUUUCUGUGCACAAGCAGUUUUUUCCAGAUGAGGAGGACCAAAAGGGUGCAGCAAAAGCUCUGAUGCGUCUCCAGGAUACAUAUCACCUAGACUCUGAGAGCUUCUCCAAAGGCAGACUGCCAGGGGUGCGCUACAACGCUUUUCUUACUGUAGAUGACUGUUUUGACAUGGGAAAGACAGCGUACAAUGAGAAUGACUACUACCAUGCAGUGCUGUGGAUGCAACAGGCCCUCCGACAGAUCGAUGCUGGUGAGGAUACCGAAACAUCCAAGUCAGACAUCUUGGACUACCUGAGUUACUCUGUCUAUCAGAUGGGAGAUGUUCCACGAGCCAUCGAACUCACCCGACGCCUUCUCUCCAUUGAUCCAAGCCACCAGAGAGCAGGAGGAAAUCUGCACUACUUUGAACAGAUACUUUCCAAUGAGCUAAGAGACAUGGACCAGACCAAAAAGGAGCACAGUGAAGAGACAUCCAUUCAGCUGGUAACUUAUGAGCGCCCAAAAGAUUAUUUACCUGAGAGAGACAUCUAUGAGGCCCUGUGUAGAGGAGAGGGGGUCAAAAUGACUCAACAGAGACGUAGCAAGUUGUUCUGCCGCUAUCAGAAUGGGAACAGGAAUCCACGUCUUCUGCUCAAGCCUAUGAAGGAAGAGGAUGAAUGGGACAGUCCGCACAUUGUCCGCUAUCUGGAAAUGCUGUCUGAUGAAGAGAUUGAGAAGAUCAAAGAGCUCGCCAAACCUAGGCUUGCGAGAGCAACUGUGCGAGAUCCAAAAACAGGUGUACUGACAACAGCACAUUACAGGGUGUCCAAGAGUGCAUGGUUGGAAGAAUAUGAAGACCCAGUCAUUGCACAUGUCAAUCAGAGAAUAGAAGACGUUACUGGUCUAACAGUGGAUACUGCCGAACUUCUCCAGGUUGCAAACUAUGGGGUUGGAGGUCAAUAUGAGCCACAUUAUGACUUCUCAAGGCGUCCUUUUGAUAGCAACCUGAAGGUUGAUGGAAAUAGGCUUGCCACCUUUCUUAACUACAAAGAUGAGACCGAGGCUUUCAAAUCUUUAGGCACAGGAAAUCGUGUGGCUACUUUUUUAAAUUAUGGUCACGGGAAAUCUGGAGCCUAUCCCAGGGAGCAUCGGGCACAAGGCGGGGUACACCCUGGACAGGGUGCCAAUCCAUUGCAGGGCACACAAUCACAUACACAUUCACACACCAAUCAGCCUACCACGGCUGUCUUUGGACUGCAGCAUGGAGAACAUGCAGGGCUAUGGUGGGAAUCGAACCCCCAACCCUGGAGGUGUGAGGCGGACGUGCUAACCACUAAGCCACCCUGCGCUUAAUAUAAAUAAAAAUCAAAACAAUCAGAGAGAUAGGAAAAACAUUAGGUGUGGCCAAAUCAACUAUUUGGUGCAUUCUUAAAAAGAAGAAGCCCAGGUGAGCCCAGGAACAUGCUCAGGCAUGAAAGACCACAGAAAAUAUCUGUGGUGAAUGAAAGAAUAAUUAUUUCUCUGGUGAAGAUAAACUCUUUCACAACAGUUCGCCCCUAAACAGGAAGACCAGAUCAGAGCUUGGCAAAAUAAAUAAAUAAAUAAAUAAAAACAAAAAACAACCUUUUAAAACAAUACAAUGCUGGAACAACAGUGUAUGGAUGGAUGGCACAAAGAGCAACUUGUACCAGAAUGAUGGGAAGAGAGGAAUAUGGAGAAUGGAAGGAACUGCUUAUGAUCUGAAACAUACCGCCAUAUAUGGCAUUUGCAUGCAUGCACUGGAACUGGUUCCCUUGUAUUUAUUGAUGAUGUGACUGCUGACAUGAAUGAUAUGAAAGUGUAUAGGGCUAUAUUAUCUGCUAAGAUUUAGCCAAAUGCUUCAAAACUCAUUAGACAAUGCUUCAGAGUGCAGAUGGCCAAUGACAUGAAGCAUACUUCAGAAGCAACCCAGGACGGGUAAAGAAGUAUUGCAGUGGUCAAUUCAGUCACCUGAUCUGUGUCCAAUUGAGCAUGUGUUUCACUUGCUGAAGGCAAAAUCAAAGGCAAACAAAAAUAACAAGCAGGAACUGAAAACAGCUGCAGUAAAGACUUUGCAGAGCAUCACCAUGGAAGAAUCCCAGCUUCUGGUGAUGUCUGUGAGUUCAAGACGAAGGAUUUACAACCAAGUAUUAAAAAUAAUUUAAUUUAUGAUUGUUAGUUUAUCUGAUUACUUUUGUCCAGUCCCUUAAAAGGGAGGACUACAUAUAAAAAUUGCUGUAAUUCCUACGCUGUUCACCUGAAGGUCUGCACUUGCAUAAUAUAAAUUAUUUUAGCUCCAAUAUAAAGGGAAAAAAAAUGGUUAAUAUCCUAAUAUUUAUGGACUUCACAUAUACUGUGGAUAUAAAAAGUCUGCACACCCCUGUUAAAAUGGCAGGUUUUUGUGAUGUUAAAACCUUUUUGACCUUUAUUGUGAAAUUGCAAUAUAUUAAUAGCAAAUGAUAAACACAGAAUUGUUUUUGGGUGAAAAAAAUAGAAAAACAAAGAACUUCCAAUACCUAGCCUGCAUAAGUAUGCACACCCUUUUAUAACUGGGAAUGUGGUGUGUUCAUAAUCAACCAAUCACAUUCAAACUCAUGUUAAAUACUAAUUAGUAUACACCUGCCAUCAAUUAAAGUGACUGAUUACCCCCAAAUAAAGUACAGCUGUUCCUAUAGGAUUUUCCUGGCAUCUUCUUGGUAACGUCCAUCUGAAAAAGCCAUGGGCCGCAAAGAGAUUGCAAAGCAAGUACGGGAUCUCAUUGUUGAAAAAUAUCAGGAGAGGAUUACCAAAAAAUUUCCAAGGCGUUGGAUAUACCAUGGAACACUGUAAAGACAGUACUCAACAAGUGGAGAAAAUAUGGCACGACAGUGACACUUCAUAAAAUAAGACUUUCCUCUAAAAUUGAUGAGAAGAUCAGGAGAAAACUGGUUGGGGAGGCUGCCAAGAGGCCUACAACAACAUUUAAAAGAAUUUCAGCAAUUUCUUGCUGGUUGUUCCCUAAAUGUCACAACAAUCUCUUAAAUUCAUCAAUUUUGGUGCAAAACAUUCUUCUAAAACACUUAAGAUGAAGAGGAAUUUCACCUUUCAUCAUGACAACAACCUGAAGCAAACCCAAUUCAACAAAGGAAUGGCUUCACCAAAAUAAGUUUGGAAUGUCCCAGACCUAAAUUUAGUCCAGACCUAAAUCCAAUCAAAAAAUCUGUUAAAAUAUUGUUAAGUCAAGAUGUACCAAACUGAUUGACUCUUACCCAACAAGAUUGAAUGCUAUGAUAAAGUCUAAAGGUGUUUCAAAUAAGUAUUAGUUUAGGGGUGUGCACACUUAUGCAACCAUGUUAUUGUACAUUUAAAAAAAAAUUCCCCAAAAAUGAUACUUGUUUUUCAAUUUAAUUAAUAAGUUAAAAUUUCACAAUAAGUUUUAAGUUCUGUCAAAAUACACAUUUCAGUAAUUCCGGGAACCAUAACGGUCUCUAAUAAUCUGUGCAUCGUAAAGUAUUUUGUUCAAGUCAUCAAACCUAUUAUGUCAAACUGACAUUGCAAAAAUAAUUUCAUAGAUGUACUCCUCUUCAGACCCUUUAUCAGUUUGCUUUAGGUUUAGACAGUUAGAUUUUCCCAGUGUGGCUGCUUGAUUUUACUAAUAGUAUAGAAUGCCAAAGUGCAAAGAGAUGGUUUUGGUAGGGUUAUGAUGGGAAGAAGAAAGAAGACACAGGGGGCAUUUCUACUUUCGUAUUCCUAUAUCCUUGUAUUGAUUUUACACACACACACACACACACACACGGUGUCACGAUUCCUCCUUGAAGCAGCGUGCUCUAAGCGCGAAUGCGCGAGCACCUGCUUUUCCGUUGACUGUAAUGACAUCUGGACACGUGUGUUUUGUUUAUGUUUCUGUCAUGUCUCCUCCCUGUUCUGUCAUUGGCUGGGAUUUCACGUGGGUCUGAAUUGCUCUCAGCUGCUAGCGGUUUAGACGCUGAUCAUGUCCGCAUAUAUACCGCGCGCCUCCCAGCACACAACGAGGAAGAUUAAUACUUUAGAGUUAGUUUAGUUCGUAGUCGUGUUUAGAGUUAGUUCGCGCUGGAUUAUCCGCUUCCAGUCCCUCGUCAUAGUUCGUUUCUUGUUUUGUUUAUCGACCCUGUUUUCUGUGACCAUGACCUAGAUUCCUGCCUUGCCCCGUGUAUGCCUGUUUGCCAAUCGCCUGACCUCUUGCAUGUUUAUGGAUUACGUUUUGGAUCACGUUUUGGAUUUGUCUUCCUGUCUGUCUUUCAAAUAAACAACUGUUCAUCCUG